ACCAAACCCUAGCUCCUCAGUCCACACUGCCAUCCUCGUCGUGUUGCCGUCCUCUACUCCGCCGGGCCUGGCCACCGCAGCCAUCCUCACCACGCCGUCCACUGCAGCCAUCCUUGCCGUGCUGCCCUCCCCAUCUCCGUUCAGGCUGAUGUAGGGGUGUGGUGAAGAAUGACAUCGGUGAGGACUUACACACUAAUUGGUAGCUGGCUCAUUCCUUGUUUGAAGGUUUAUUAACAUUAGAUAGUAAUCUGUUUCCUAUGGCUGAUUACCUAAGGUGUACGUGUUGAACAACUGCUACUGAGCACAAAGGCCUGAAAUAAUAGGUGACCUCAAAAAUUUGGUUGUGUAUAUUACCUAUGGAUAAAAGAUGGAUGGACUUUCCGAGGCACACAUCUGAAUAUAUACAGGGGGUCAAAAAGUUUAUAGAAUAUGCUUUUACCCAUUCUGCAAAAGCAAAUACCAUAUUAUGUCCAUGUAGGAAGUGUGUGAACAGUUGUUGGAAGGAAGCUGAUGAUAUCUAUGUCCAUUUAAUAUGUGAUGGGUUUUUAGAAGGGUAUAAGAAAUGGAUAUUUCAUGGAGAACCGACAUCUUCUUUUGCACAGUAUGCACAACAAACUGGGGCUAAUGAAUUUGUGGUGGAAGAUAAUUCAGAGGAAGAUAAUGAGAUGUUUGAACUGCUUAAUGAUGUAGCACAUGGAUUAGAUACAGGGGAUUUAGGUGAAAAUAAUGAUAGUUUUGUGGAUCCAAGUGAAGGGGAAAAUGAUUUGCAUGAAUCAUUCUGUGAUGCAAGUAAAGAGCUUUAUCCAGGGAGCAAAAACUUUUCAAAGCUAUGUUUUGUAGUAAAAUUACUCAACAUCGAAUUUCUUGGUGGUUGGAGUGACAAAAGUUUUGACAUGCUACUAGAGUUGCUUAGAGAGGCUUUUCCUGAGGGGUCAACAAUUCCUAAGAAUUUUAACGAAGCUAAGAAAAUGAUCAGAUGUUUUGGGCUUGGAUAUGUUAACAUUCAUGCGUGUGAAAACGAUUGCAUAUUAUUUCGAAAGCAGUAUGAGAAUGCAAAUAUAUGUCCCAAAUGUAACACUUCUCGUUGGAAAACAGUUAAGAAAAGUCCUGAUGGGAAGCGGUUGUAUAAGGUUCCUAGAAAGGUUCUCCAUUAUUUUCCACUAAAGAAGAGGUUUCAAAAAUUAUUUAUGUCUCCUAAGUCAGCAACUGAUGCACGGUGGCACGACGAGGCACGCACUAGGGAUGGAUUAUUAAGGCAUCCAGCUGAUUCUCCAGCUUGGAAGCAUUUCGACUGCAAACAUCCAAAAUUUUCUGAAGAUAGCCGCAAUAUCAGGCUAGCUUUAGCUACCGAUGGCUUUAAUCCAUUUAGAUCGAUGAACUGCAGUUAUAGCAUUUGGCCUGUUAUCUUAAUUCCAUUGAAUUUCCCCCCUUGGAUCUGCAUGAAGCAACCAAAUUUCAUACUUUCUCUAUUAAUUCCUGGCCCUUAUUCACCUGGGAAGGAUAUGGAUGUCUAUUUUGAACCACUAGUAGAUGAUCUACUAGAAAUGUUUGAGGGAGGUGUUAUAACUUAUGAUGCUUCAAGGAGUGAGAACUUUCAAUUGCGUGCUGCCAUAAUAUAUACUAUUACUGAUUUUCCUAGCUUGGGCUAUGCUGCUGGAUGUGUAACUUCAGGCAAGCUAGCAUGCCCUCAAUGUAACUCACAAACUUGUUCUAUUCGUUUAAAGAAUGGUGGCAAAACUUGUUACAUGGCCCACCGAAGGUUCUUAGAUGCAAAUCACAAAUUUAGGUUUGAUGAGGCAUCAUUUGAUGGAAAUGUAGAGUUAAGGUCAGCACCAAAACCACUAACUGGAGAAGAGAUUUUGGAUCAGACAAAGGAUCUACCUAUAAAUUUUGGAAAGGAUCCCAAUAAAAAAAGGCCAAGAACAACAGAUAAGGGCAAGGGUACAAAAAAAGAAAUAAUAUGGAAAAGAAAAUCAAUUUGGUUCCGGUUACCAUAUUGGAAAGACUUGUUAGUCCCACAUAACUUUGAUGCCAUGCACAUUGAGAAGAAUGUGUGUGACAACAUCAUUAACACACUGUUGGGUAUUGAUGGGAAAUCUAAAGAUAACCUGAAUGCUCGAUUAGAUCUCAAACUUCUUAAUAUACGAAAAGAUCUGCAUCCUAUUAAAGUAGGAGAUUCUUUUUUCUUGCCUCCUGCUCCUUUCACAUUGAGUUCUGAAGAGAAGAAAUUGUUCUGUCAAGUUCUCAAAGGAGUGAGAUUUCCAGACGGUCAUGCCUCUGAUCUACGACACCAUGUACAUGUCAAUGAGAAAAAGAUAAUUGGGCUAAAGAGCCAUGACAAUCAUAUCCUGUUGCAAUACUUACUUCCCCUAGCUGUCCGCAAAGUAUUACCAGAAAAUGUUAGUGCAACACUGAUUCGUGUUAGUAACUUCUUCAAGAAAAUCUAUUCUCCUGUUAUUCGAAUAAGUGAUAUGGAAAAAUUAGAUGCAGAAAUUGCUAAAACAUUAAGCCUUCUAGAGACUAUGUUUCUUCCAUCCUUUUUUGAUAUUAUGGUUCACUUAAUGGUACAUCUUCCAACUCAAGCAAGGCUUGCUGGCCCAGUUCAUUACCGGAACAUGUAUCCAGUAGAAAGGUUUUUAAUGAGGUUAAAGGGAUAUGUUCGUACCAAGAGUCAUCCUGAGGGAUCAAUUGCAGAAAGUUAUGUGUUUGAUGAGAGUCUUACAUUUUGCUCCCGUUAUUUGGAAGGAUGCGAAACUAGAUUCUCACGAAAAGAAGAAAUGGUUCAACUGAGCCUUGUACUUCUACCCAUACCAUGCCAUUCUUUUGCAAGAACAUGGGUCGAGAACUAUCUGGCAAGUUUAUUGUGACCUUAGAUUACAAAACAUGGUGUCAAGCUCAUAGAUAUGUCUUGUUUAAUUAUGACCAUAUAGAGCCAUAUUUGAGAAAACAUCUUGACUACCUGUCGUCACUUGUCCAUGAAAAUAACAGAGAAAUCAGUCGUAUUCAUUUUGAGAAGUUCCAUGAGUGGUUUGGGUUUCAUGUGGCAGGAUUAUUACAGAAUGGUGAACAAUUCUCUGAAGAGAUUCAAACCCUAGCUAAUGAGCCUUCUAUAGUUGCAAAGAAAUAUAAUAGUUACAGUAUAAAUGGUCAUAUUGUCCACACUAGGUCUUAUGAUGAGGGUAGGUCUGUCCAAUGCAGUGGAGUGGCUCUAGUUGCUCAGACCUCUUGCUUGUCAUCAGGAACAAAUAAUAUUCCAUUGGUAGGACAUAAGACUUAUUAUGGUGUUAUAACUGAAAUCAUUGAGUUGGAUUAUAAUGACAAAAGAAGCAUUGUGCUCUUCAAGUGUGACUGGGUCGACAAUCGUGUUCAAGAUAAGUGGGUUAAAGUUGAUAAGUUUGGUAUCACUGAUGUUAAUUUCAGGCACCUCUUUAAUACUGGUGAUAAGUUGAGUGAUGAACCUUUCAUUUUGGCAUCCCAAGCAACACAAGUAUACUAUGUUGAUGACCCUGCAUGCAAUGGUUGAAGUGCUGUUAUUCAGACAAAGCCAAGAGAUUUCUAUGAUAUGUCUAAUGUAUUAUUGGAAGAUUUGGAGUGUGAAAAUGAACAUGUAGACCCAUGCCUUGAUAUAAAUGGCCAAACCGACAUUAGUGUUGAUCCUAGAGAUGUACCUCCAACUAGAUUAGAUAUAGAUGGAACACUUGUUGGAUCAAGUGAAAAGCGAAAGAAAAAAAUGGCAGGCGGAGAAGGCAAUAAGUACGAGGAAGAGAGGCAAGAAAGGAUAAGGUGAAAUAAUGAAGCCCUUCAAAAAGUUAUUGCUAUAAGAAGGGAGUUGGAUAACACUCAGGAAGGUAAUCCUGGGUCAGGAUCUUCUGAUAAAUCGAAGCAAAAGAGAAAGAGAACAAACACCACAAAUAAUAUGAGUGUUCAAAAUGAAACGGGGCAUCCAAAUCUAAGACCUAGGGUGACAAGAGUGAGUGUUAGGAGUGAUGCAGAAGUGUAUGAUGACACUGAAGGUACUGAUACUAAUAGAGGUGACAUCUGUCAGAGGCAUGAUGAUCAAAUGAACAAUUGCAGCAUAGCUAAUGAUGAGCUAGAGGUGGAUGAGAAUACUGGAGACUGUAGUUUAAAUGGUGGUCAAGCUAAGAAAAAAAAAAGAAGGAAGGCGUUACACAAAAAAGUACAACAUCCAUAAGUGAGGUGCUGAUGAACCACUAAUUCAGUUGGUUAUCAAUGAACAUGGACAGCCUGUUGGGGAAAAUGCAAAAGAACUAUCUAACUUCAUAGCUACACUUGUGAAAUCCAAGAAUUUUUCGUUUGCACACAAGGAUUGGAGGUUGGUCCACCCAUCGCAAAAGUUGAAGCUUUGGAGGGAUUUAAAGCUGUUCUAUGAAGUUGAUGAAAGAGUUCAAGACUAGGUUAUGGGAACAGCUGCCAAGAUAUGGAAGGAUUUCAAGGCUGAUCUAAAGGCAGCACAUUUUGAUGAGACAAAGACUGAUAAGCAACUCAUUGCUAUAUGUGAUGAGAGAGUUAACCCGACUAUUUGGAAAUGGCUUAUCAACCAUUGGAGGAGUCCAUUAGCUCAAGAGCGUAGUCAGAGAGGAAAGGCAAAUCGGGCUAGGAUGUCUGGGUUACAUACUACUGGCAGCAAGAGCCAUGCUCGUGUCAGCCAUGAAAUGCACAUUGAGAAUGGCUAUAAACCACGUCGAGAUGAGGUCUAUAUUGCAACACAUACUCGUAAAAAUGGUAUUCCUUCAAAUAACUCACAAGAUAAUAUUAAAGCACUUCAGGAUGCUGUUAAAGAACAUCCAGAGUUGACAGAGAAAUCUAUAACUGAUGGUGACAUCAUGUCACGAGUAUUUGGACCUGAAAGAAAUGGAUAUGUUCGUUCAAUAGGCAAGGGACCAACUCCAGGAGAUCUGAAAAUGCCUGGAAGAAACAAAUAUAGAUCAACUAAGGUACAAAUGGCAAUGGAAGGUCAACGAUAAGCUGAAGUGGACAAAGAGCACCUGAUACAACACUUUGGAGCAAUACAAUCGGAAAAUGAUAGAAAAAUUGCUGCCCUUACUGAACAAGUGGCAAAACUGACAGAACUAAUGCUUGCAAAUUCUCAGGAUGGACGCCAAGUGCACGUAACAUCAAAUUCUCCAAUACACGAGAACGACCAAGAUGAGAGUGACAAUGGUGAGACACAAUCAGAAUACAUGCAGCAUGCAAAGACGCCCAGUAGGAAUGCAACACCUUCGCAAAGGAUAUGAAGUAGGUGGAAAAGAAGUUAUAUUAUACAGUUUUAUUGGUCCACAUGAUGUCCCUGUGGCCAAGGCUACUGUCCUAUCAACAAACCGAAUGACUGUAGUGGGUGGUACUCCACUGGGUGCUCAAUGUUGUGAAGUUGUGGUUAAUCUUGUCUUGAAAAGAAAUGCUGCACUUCUUCGUCCAUAUGGGAGUAUGAACGUCAUAGCUGAUGCGCUUGGGAGAUCUAUUGCAUGGUCACUUCAACAUAUGAAAGAAGAUAGAAAGUCACCACUGCAACGUACCAACCAUCUUCAAGGUCACACCCAUGGAGGUCGUUGAAGCUAUCAUUUGUAGAUGGAUGUUUUUUAUAUACAAAGAAGCCUAAUGUUGUGGUAGAAGUUGAUGUUUGAAUUGUUCCAUGUAUAAGAAUGGCCUAAUUUACUUUUGUAUGAAUGCUGAAAAAUUACUAUCCCUCGAUGUAUGCCACGAUGUAUGCCAGUAUGGAUGCACAUGUGUGAUGUAAAUAACAUCAACAUUGACAUAGUAUAAUUUUGUUAAGGAA